AUGAAAGGAGUCACCGUCGAAAAACCCGGUGCCCCAUUCGUGGUAGUCGAUGACCUGGAGAUACCUGAGCCGGGCGAUGAUCAGAUUCUCGUCAAGUCAAUUGCUACCGCAAUCGACCCUGUAGAAGGUUACAUGCAAGGCACAGGCCUCUUGAUUACUGCAUGGCCUAUUGUCCUAGGAUGUGACGCCAGUGGUGUCGUAGUCAAAGCAGGUACGGCAGCUGCCUCCAAGUUCAAACCUGGUGAUCGAGUCUGUGGCUGUACUCGUCUUGGAAUCCCAGGCUAUUGUACAUUUCAAGAAUACUUUCUCAUGGACACAAAUCUCGUGAUACCAACGCCAAAGUCAUUCUCUUUCAACGAAGCAGCUGCACUUGGUGUCGGCGCCGAGACGGCAUGUCUUGGUCUCCUUCAUGGUAUCAAGCUCGAGCAGAAUCCUACACCUAAAGAUAUUUGGGUCGUUGUCUUUGGCGGCGCGGGUAGCAUUGGUCAAUAUUCUAUCCAGAUUGUGAAAGCACUCGGCUACAAAGUGGUCGCCACCUGCUCCAAGCGGACCGCAGAUCUUGUGACUUCGACUGGAGCUGACGCUGUCAUUGACUACAGCCUCAGCGAAGAUGAACAAAUCGCUGAAUUGAAGAAAAUAACCGAGGGGAAAUUCUUCGGCGUCUGGGACUCCGUGGCGAAGACCGAGAAAGUCGGUCGUCGCGCUCUGCAAGAAGUAUCCUCUUACAAAGAAGGAAAGGUUUACGCCACGACAGAUGACUGGACUCCGAUGGAAAAUUAUGACGAUCAUACCACGUUCAGAGUAGAGCUUGGUCUCAUCGGCAGGAGUGAAGAAGAGAUGAAGGCGGCCAGACUUCUGGGUGACAGUCCCACCUUGAAUGAGGACAUAGCUGGAGACAUCAAGCUCAUACAUGAUCUUGCUGAGAAGGGCCAGCUCAAACCCAACCCACUUCAGGUGAUCAAAGGAGGGUUUGAAGCCAUCGCUGGAGCUUUCGAGCUCCAACAGAAAGGAACCAAAGGCGGGGAGAAAGUUAUCGUGGAGAUCCAACCCGAAUGA